AUAUAGAUUUGUGAUGAACACGGAUCAUCUUAAUUACCUUGGCUAGUACUCGUCAAUAUCAGUGAGUUACAUACUAAUUUUAAGAUGCAUCGUGCUCUAUUGCUUAUGACACUGAUCACGUCCGCGGUUUCCAUGAGUGAAGAAGAGCAUUGCAGGGACAUGUUCGAGAGCUUUAUUAAAGGACUAUCUAUGCAACCCCCUCCACAGUAUUGUAGAGGAGUGAGCCGCUUCAAUAACGUCCUCAAGCUCACGUCUCCAAUUACUUUGCAGGUAUUGACGAAGAAAAAGGUGAAUGGGAAGAUAGGGGGACGGUGUGAUUGCCCGGAAUUAGAUAUAAUUUGGAAAAUAAGAUGUAAACCUUGCGCACAAAACCCAGACCCGAAUGUAACAGAAUCUGAAUCACAACAUGUGUUGAUGUGAGUGUUCAAUACGUCCAUGUGGGGGUGCAUAUGCAUUCUAGGAAAGAUGAUCUUAUAAUUUUCUAGUAUUUGUUCACUUACGUUUUAUCGUAGUUUUCUAAGUUGUUGUAUAGAUAUUGUCGUUUAAUAAGAAAUGUCACACAUGCAAACCUUUGAACGUCACAAAUUUCGAUUCAUAUUUUGAACGUUGAUGUUCUAUUGUUUUUGUUUUUAACAAAAGUUUAUCGCACUUGUUCCUCG